AUGGCUUCAGUAGGAGUUGAUAUUGGCCAUGCAGUGAGAAAUCUGCCGAAGGAGAUCGUUCGGCCUAUAAACCACUUUACUCCAAGCAUGUGGGGUGAUUUUUUCAUUUCAUAUGCUUUGGACAAUCAGGAAUGGGAAAUGCUUGCUCAAAAGGUUGAACUAUUGAAGGAAGAAGUGAGGAAAAUGCUAAUAUUUUCCAAAGAAAGUAAAAUAAAGGAAAAAAUGGUACUGGUUGACACAUUCGAGCGUUUGGGUGUUUCAUAUCACUUUGGAAAAGAGAUUGAAGAGCACCUUGAACAAAUGUUCAAUCUCAUUUCUGAGUUUGGAGACAACAAUGACGAUGAUCUAUACACCGUUUCAUUAUAUUUUAGAUUGUUCAGACAACACGGCUAUAAAAUGCCUUGUAGUGUAUUUGAAAAAUUCAAGGAUCAAAAUAACAGAUUCAAAGAAACACUUGAAGGGGAUGUGGAGGGACUGCUAAAUCUUUAUGAAGCAUCGCACUUGAGGAUGCACGGAGAGGACAUUUUGGAAGAGGCUUUGGUCUUUACAUCCACUCAUCUCAAGUUGAUGGCACCGCAAAUGGGCUCUCUUCUCCAAGAAAAAAUAAAAAAAGCCCUCGAGCUACCUCUGCAUAAACGCUUGAUGAGACUAGAAGCACCUCAUUAUAUUUCCAUGUAUGAAAAGGAGGAAUCAAAAAAUGAUCUGCUUGUGAGGUUUUCCAAAUUAGAUUACAAUUUUGUGCAAAUGUUGCACAAGAAAGAGCUUUCUGAUCUAUCAAGGUGGUGGAAGGACCUCGACCUUUUGUCCAAAUAUCCAUAUGCUAGAGAUAGAGUUGUCGAGUGUCAUUUCUGGGGUUUAGCCGUUUAUUUUGAACCUCAAUAUUCUCUAGGUCGGAUAUUUGUAGCUAAAGUUUUAUCGCUGCUUUCAAUCGUGGAUGACACAUACGAUAGUUAUGGAAUACUUGAAGAACUUGAAAUUUUUACUAAAGCAAUACAGAGGUGGGAUAUUACUGAGAUGGAUAAGCUCCCGGAUUACAUGAAACGGUGUUAUCAAGUUAUCUUGGAUGAAUACAGUAGUUUUGAUGAACUACUCAACAAAGAAGGGAGAUCCUAUGCAGCUCAUCAUACCAAAGAAAGAUUUAAACAAAUUGUGAGGAGUUAUGGCACCGAGGCCAGGUGGUUCUUUGGAGAGCAAAUGCCAACAUUCACUGAGUACUUGAGCAAUGGAUUACUUACCAGUACUUACUGCUUAAUGUCUGCAGCAGCCCUCAUGGGGGUGAAAUCUGCUACAAAAGAAACAUAUGACUGGCAUUGGGCCAAUCCUAAGAUUCUGACAGCUGCCUGCUCCAUAGGUCGACUGCGCAAUGAUGUGGCGAGCUGUGAACGUGAAAACAAACGGGAAAACGAUAUCCUAGCUAUUGAGUGCUACACGAAAGAGCAUGGGGCGUCGAAACAAGAGGCAUUGGAUAAAUUUCUUGAAAUAUCGGAGAAUGCAUGGAGAGACAUGAAUGAAGAACUGCUUAGGACUGACGUCCCAAGGGAGAUUCUUGAACGAAUUCUCAACAUUGCACGCAUUACUGAUUUGAGUUACCUGAACAACAUAGAUGGUUACACUUCUCCGGAGCAAUCUAUGAAGCGUCAAAUGUUUAUAACAGUGGUGGAUCCCCUUAUCAUAUGA